GGCCACCGAGAGUCUAACGCGGCUUCUCCGCUUGCAGGAACGCGCUGAUGUUCAAUAACGAGCUCAUGGCCGAUGUGCACUUCGUCGUGGGCCCUCCGGGGGCAUCCAAGAAAGUUCCUGCCCACAAGUAUGUUUUGGCAGUCGGUAGCUCUGUCUUCUAUGCUAUGUUUUACGGUGAUCUCGCAGAGGUCAAAUCUGAAAUCCAUAUUCCAGAUGUGGAACCUGCCGCCUUUCUAAUCCUAUUAAAGUACAUGUACAGCGAUGAAAUUGACCUGGAGGCCGACACGGUGCUGGCUACGCUGUACGCUGCCAAGAAGUACAUCGUCCCGGCCCUAGCAAAGGCUUGCGUCAAUUUCCUGGAGACGAGUUUAGAAGCGAAAAAUGCCUGCGUUCUUCUGUCUCAGAGCAGGCUCUUUGAGGAGCCAGAACUGACGCAGCGCUGCUGGGAAGUAAUUGAUGCUCAGGCAGAAAUGGCACUGAAGUCGGAAGGCUUCUGUGAAAUAGAUCAACAAACGCUAGAGAUCAUUGUAACCCGGGAAGCGCUGAAUACCAAGGAGGUGGUAGUUUUUGAGGCUGUUCUUAACUGGGCAGAGGCUGAAUGCAAGAGACAAGGGCUACCAGUUACACCAAGGAACAAGAGGAAUGUUUUAGGAAAAGCCUUGUAUUUGGUGCGGAUUCCAACUAUGACUUUAGAAGAGUUUGCCAAUGGUGCAGCUCAAUCUGACAUCCUUACCUUGGAGGAAACUCACAAUAUAUUCUUAUGGUAUACAGCUGCAAAUAAACCCAAGCUAGAAUUUCCCUUGACAAAAAGAAAAGGACUUGUACCUCAGAGAUGCCACCGAUUUCAGUCAUCUGCAUAUCGAAGUAACCAGUGGAGGUACAGGGGUCGGUGUGACAGCAUCCAAUUUGCUGUAGAUAAACGGAUAUUUAUAGCGGGACUGGGCUUGUAUGGGUCAAGCUGUGGCAAAGCUGAAUACAGUGUCAAAAUUGAACUUAAACGCUUGGGCGUUGUUCUUGCUCAAAAUCUCACAAAAUUUACCUCGGAUGGAUCCAGUAAUACUUUCUCAGUGUGGUUCGAGCACCCUGUGCAGAUUGAGCAAGACACAUUUUACAACGUAAGUGCCAUUCUUGAUGGCAAUGAACUCAGUUAUUUUGGACAAGAGGGAAUGACUGAAGUACAGUGUGGAAAAGUGACAUUCCAAUUCCAGUGCUCCUCAGACAGUACCAAUGGGACCGGAGUACAAGGUGGACAAAUUCCUGAACUCAUUUUCUAUGCAUGAGGCAUUUCACUUUGAUUGUAUUCCAGUACUGCUAUGCACACUAAGGGAUUUUUUUUUUUUUUAAUUUUACUACAGUUCUACAGCAGUAUGGAAUGUGACGCUACUUACCUAUACUACAUCAGGCUAUCAAAUACGUGAAGGAAUGCUCUUGAACUUAAUCUUAUUUUAUUUAUUCAUAAGCUGUUGACUUAAUUAUUACAACUGCAGUAUGCAGAAAGAGGUUAAAUUCCGCACGUAUUGUGCAUUUAUUUUGUAUAUAGAUGAUAGCCAACUUGCAGAUUGCAGCUGACUCAGACAGAAUGUUCUAAAGUAGAGCAGUUUAUGAAUCUGUGAAAUAUAAAAACAUUUUUACUUGCCCUAAA